CUUACUUUACUACAGUGUCGGUUUUUUGUAAAUGAAUAAUUGAAUAUCGAUUUACACCGGUUUUAAAUUAAAUAUAUCUGUUUCUUGUUAUAAAAGCAAGUUUAAACGAUUGUUAUUUUUCCUACCACUGUUUUGAAUAUUACAUUCCUUGUUCACUUUACAUAGAAUACAGUUUACUAUAAAGUGCCUAACCUUUAAAAAAUGGAGCAAGAUGAAUUGUCCGAAUUUUUGAUUACAAAAGAAAAUAAGAAAUUACUUCCCGAACAAGAGGUUAAGAGCCAUGAACCGGAAGAGAGUAUAAAAAGGGAGCCAUUGACCACAAAAAACGCGGUAAAUUUUUUAUUAGCGGGAACGCUCAGGCAGAAAGUGUGCAGAUAUUGUUUAAACGUCGCAACUCCUUUGUAUGAAUUGGAUCGAGUUUACCAAAUCGGUACUGAGACAAUUUUAUAUAAAGUCACCGUGAGGGACAUGAUUGCAAGUUUUCAUCCUUUCAAGGUUAUAGAUGAACCAAACUUUCCAAAUAGAAUCUGCGAUAAAUGCUUAAAUCGCACUUUCAGUGCAUAUUUAUUCACUCAACAAUGUGAUCAGUCUGAAAGAGCUUUACGCAACUGUUUUGAUGAUAUAUAUGAGAAACUUGAUAAACUUGAUCCUUUAGAACGACCCAAGAAGAGAGGCAGACAGAAAAUAAAUCCAAAUUAUAAUGUAAUAUAUUCAGAACAUGAAAAAGUAUUUAAUUAUGCUGACCCAUUAAUAAAUAUUAUCAAUAUUGGAACCUCUGUAGACAAUACAAGUAAUGGAUAUAAUGAACUCCAAUGUCCACGGUGCUGGCAAAUAUUGCCAAACUUGGAUUCCUUGUUGAACCAUGAGAAACUACAUCCAAAAUUUAUGUGGUAUAAUUGUCAUAUAUGUGGCAAAUCAUUUGCCAAACGAUACCAAUUAAAAAGGCAUGUACGAAGCAGUCAUGAAUUGGGUAAGAAGUUGUCAUUACCUGAUAGCGGUUUUAAAUGUACUGAUUGUGGAGUUGGCAGUGUCAGUUAUGACCAACAUUUGCGACACAUUGAAAAACAUAAGUUUCAAACUGUUAUGGAACAUUUAGUGCAUAGGAAUAUGGAUAAACUAUGUGCUCUGUGUUUGAACAAAGAUGGUCACUUAGUAGAAUUAGAUAAAACUAUCAGUUUACAUGGAGGCCAUCCUGAGUUAACAGGACACAAAAGCAUUUAUAACAUUGUGGGCUCAACUUUACCUGAAAUGAAUAUCUUAAACAACUAUACGGGUUCCAAAAUAUGCGAAAAAUGUCUCAAUAAUGCAAUAACAGCUUAUAUUUUUUUAAGUCAAACCUAUUCCAUAAGAAAUAGACUGAGUAUUUGUAUUGAUUCAAUGUUAAGUUCUUUAAAACAAAUAGUUAAUCCAGAAGCAAAACUGUUCAUUGAGAUUGCGCAGAAUACUAUUAUGGCACCAAAAUCACCAGAUUAUAUUGAUGAAGAUUUGUUCAUUGAUGAUGAUGAUGAGGAAUUUGAUGAAGAAAAACUUAAAGUAGAAGUUUUAGAAGAUGAAUUUAGAAUCAAAUCUGCGAGUGAUGACAGUGAUGAUGAAGAGAGAACAAACAUUAAAAAAAUAUCUAAUGAUGUCUUAAAAGAUGAAAACAAUUGUAAGGGCACUAUUGUGAAACCAAAAGAGUCAGAAUGUGUUGAUAAAGAUUUGUUGAAAGAUAACAAUCAGAAAUUAGAUGAACAAAGUCUUGAAGAAGUUUUAGAAGAUAAAUUUAGAAAAAAAUCUGAGCCUGAUGGCGAUGAAAGUAGGAUAGACAUUAAACAGGUAUGUAAUAAUUUAUUAAAAGGAGAAAACAAUGAUGUUAAUAACAAAAACAUAUCGAAUCCAGAACUAAUCCACAUGGAUCAUGUGAAAAUGGAUUCCACAAGUGAAGAAUAUGAUUUCAAAACACAUGUAAAAUCUCCAGUCUGUGAUAAAGAUAACAUAAAUAUAGAUGAUAAUUCAGAAGAUAUUAUUGAUAAUCCAGCUAAAAGAGCAACAAAGACUUAUGUGAAAAAAAGAUUUAUCAAUGGCUAUCAAUCCACAUUUGCUUCUAAUGAGACAGAACAAACCAUGAAUGAUGUAUGCAGCGAAUUCUUAACUUUCAAAAAGAAAAAGAAGCCAGUUAGGAAGUUUUACAGCUGCAAAUUCACAUGUCCAUUAUGUUGCAAACAUUUCCUUUCUGAACAUUUUCUAACUCGACACAUAUUGAAACAUGUUAAUAAAAAAGUUAAAUGCACAAUUUGUUUGAAAGACUUUCAAUCGAAAUUCUAUUUAUAUGAACACACAAAAAUUGUACAUUUGUUGGAUGUAAAAAAUUCUUGGGCAUGCAAAGUUUGUGGUAGAACAUUCAUAAGUAAAAAUAAAUUUAUUAAGCAUAAACGAACCCAUAGAAACAAAGAAUGCCAGUUGUGUGACAAAUUAUUCUCAACACAAAGACAAUACGAUAGUCAUAUGCAAAGACACACAGCCAAAUUAAGAGAAAUCAAAGAGAACAAUAUUCAAACGUGUAGUUUCUGUGAAAAGGAAUGUUCAAACGACAAUAGCCUUUCAGUACAUGUGAAUAAAGUGCACUUACAAAUAAAACCGUACAGUUGUGAUAUGUGUAAUAGACAAUUUUAUACGGAAACAAAUUUGAAUUGCCACCAAAAAGUCCAUAGUUUAUUCUCAAUUGAGACUUGUCAAGUGUGCAAUAGAGUAUUAAAGUCUAGGAAAUCUUUGGUCAUCCACGUGCGGAAACAUAUUGGCGCGAAACCGCAUAGCUGUCAAAUCUGUAGACAGUCGUUUUACUCGCAGAACAAAUUGACGGCUCACAUGAGAGUUCUACAUGGCGGUAAAUAUUGUUGUAAACAAUGUAAGACUGUAUUUAUAAAUAAGUCUGAUUUGAGAGAUCAUGUUAGUAAAACACAUAAUAUGAUUUAACAUAAUGUAAUAGGUAUUUAAGUUUGCACAGAUUAAAACAAGUUUAAUCUAUGUAAUGUAAUGUUUAAGAAGUCAAUACAGAUAUAAUUUUAUAAUUUUUGGAAUUAUUCAGAUAAAGAAUAUUUUGUUACUGUGAUUGGUAUAAACAUACAUUUACUGCAAAUUAAGGUAUACAUUUUUGAUGCAAGAAACUAAGGUCUAAAAAAAGCAGAUUAAUAAUUAGGUUUAAUACAAAAUUCUUCCCCUUGAAUUAAUUUUACUUUUGUUUUAUAAAUAAUGUAAACAUUGUGAAAAUAAUUUAAUAGUAGUAAUUUUAUAUUCAAGGCUCGAAAUAUUUAUUAAAAAUAAUAUAAAGUAUGAUUGUAGCGUAGAAUACUUUUUAAUAUUAUUAAUAAUAAUUUAAUAUCUGCUUUUUUUUUCUUCUGAAUUGAAUAAAAAACAAUAUUAUUUUUUUCCUCUGAAUUGAAUGUAAAUUUAAUACUAGGCCUAUUAAAUUUUCAAUUUAUAACCCACGAUUUCGUACGCGUGGAAUGUAACUAUUUUUAUUAAAAUAAAAGUAGCCUAAGUUCCGUAAAAAUUGGUCCAGCCGUUUCAGAGCAAGAACAAGGCAGACAAUUUCCUACUGCUACUACUUUUUACUUAUGAUGUAAGUACAGUAUAUAUAUUUAUACUUAUAUAUACUUUCUUAUGCAUUUAAGAAAAGUUAAUUUGAAAUUACAGACAGAUACUUAAAUUUUAUUCAUUUAUAUAGAUAUAUUUAUUAGUUAUUUUCAAUUAUAUUUGUCGGAAACAGUCAAGUUGUGAAUCUCAAUAUUCAUGUUUUGGAAUAUAAAUAAUAGUCAUAAUAAAAUAUAUUUAAGGCACCUAUUUUUGUGUAAACUUCUUUAAGACCAGAGUAAUUGCAUUAAUUAUAUGGAAGCAUGGGGUUCAUAUAAAAAAAAUAAACCUUUGUAUUUCGUAACACUAAAAACACUUACCCAAAAUAUUUAUUAUUUGCAAGUGGAAUAAAUAUUGUUACUAUACUGCUGUGUAUAGUUAUAAAACAAGAAUAUUUAUGUUUGU